AAGAGACAAAGAGAGAGAGAGAGAGAUCGCGGAGAACCCGGUUCACAGUGGAGGAGGGCUGCGUUCGCCGGGCAGUUACUCCGGAACCGUUGCCUUGACGACACGCAUAUCCACGCAUGCGCGUAUGCGCGAGAAGUGGGUGCACAUUGAAAGUCCUCAUCAUCGUUGUCGUCGUUGCUUGAGAAAAGGGAGAACGAGGAAAAAGAUAGAAAAAAAGAAAGAAAGAAAGAAAGAAAGACAAACAGACAAAUAGUUAGGAUAGACAGAUAGAAAGACAGAGCACGCGAUCAACACCAAAGCAUCAUUUUAACGUUUUUCUUAUCCUUCAAUAGGAAUUUCCAUCAUAAGGAUCAGUAGCAGCUUUACUUUCUUUCUCUUUCUCUCUUGUAUCAUUCUUCUUUUCUUUUCCUUUCUUUUUCAUUCUCUCUUUAUCUCUUUCUCUCUCUUUUGUAUUAUUUUUCUUUCUUUCUGUCUCUUUCUCUCUCUCUCUCUCUCUUUCUUUUCUGAACUAUGUUCUCGUGGCUAAGAUAGCACACGUUGACAUCACUGAGAAACAUUAGAAAAGAUACUCUUCUUAUUUCUUGUUUUACAUUUGGUCUAAUGAAGUUAAUCUUUUUUCAGAUUAUGUAUUCCAUCAAAAAGUAAUCUAAAUUAUUUUAUACUCUUCUGUCCAUAUGGGACAAUUCUCCUUGGAAAUAAAUAUUGUCCUAUUUCUACUUUUUUCUCUUUCUUCUCUUUUUUUAUGUUUUGAAAGGUCUCUUCGGCAAGUUAAACGUAAACAAAUUCCUUAGGAAUGUAACGCCUAAGGAAUAAGGUUUAAAAGGGUAGAGAAAGAGAGAGUGAUAGUUACACGAGAGAAGAGUGUCAACAAGAGAAAGCCCUCAAGGAACCAAUACCUCUACCUUUCUGAUCAUCAUCAUUACCAUCAUCAUCAUCAUCAUCAUCAUCAUCAUCAUCAUCAUCAUCAUAGAAUAUCAUCAAAAGUACACCUUUGUUGAACGAUGAUCGCAACCUUGGAAGAACUUUGCUCGUAGUCGAGAUCUCUCUCUUUCUCUCUUUCUCUCUUUCUCUCUCUCUCUCUCUCUCUUUCUUUCUCUUUCUCUCUCUUUUUCUCUUUCUCUUUCUCUUUCUGUCUCGUGGGUAGCCCAGAGCAGCGCGCGUCGAGGUGGUCCGAGCGAGUCGAAGGAGAGAGGCGUGCCCCAGUGCCGUUCGAACGUCCGAUGUCUCCGCACGAGGACGCCGCGAAUACGAGGAGAGGAAGAGCCGAGAGUACGCGUGCCGUCGGCGAGCACGAGCAGGCAUCUUCUUCGUCAUCGUUAUCGUCAUCAGUUUUAUCGUCUUUCUUUUUGAAGACGUUUUUAAGGAGACGCUACCGGAAGACAUCAUCAUCGACUUGUUGGUCAACCUCAGAUGUCUUCUUUUCUUCGUAGCACCACCUGCCGCUCUGUGACUUCGUGUCGUUGCAUCGACAGCGGCAGGUUCACUUAUCGAUUCCCUUAUUUUCUCCCACUUCCCAUUCUUCUCCGAUUUUUUCUUAUCCCGCACGAAACGGACUCUCUUUUCUAUACGAAAGUUCAGAACGAACGUGUCGCUCGGUGGUACUGGCCCACCGCGAUCAUGUUCACCGAUAAGAAGAGGAGGAAAAUCGUUCGGUCCUCUUUAUGGGAAAGUCUACUCUCUUCGCGGUAUUUUCAUCGAAUCGUUCGCGAGUGACAAACUGGUAAAAGUAAAUAAAAUACAAAACAAGAUAGGGAAAGAUAGAGAUAGAAAGAUAGAAAGAAAGAGAGAGAGAGAGAAAGCGAGAGAGAGAGAUCAAAGGUAGAAGAAUUAGAUCAAACCCAAAGACAACGGUUAAUCAUAUAUAAUAUACCGGUUGAAAGUUUUAACCCAAAGUAUUAAAGUUCUCUGACUAUAAUAUAUGAUCAAUGGUGAUGAUCAAGAAGAAAUAAGUUAGUGUGAAAAAUAGAAGAAGAGAAAGAUCGAAGGUGACUUAGGUGUUCCUCAGAUUGGAUGGUUCCACGGGGGUUAACCAUUGAGAGGUCGACUUGGGUGCAACCAGAGCCGGAACAGCAACGUUUCUACGACUCUCCGCCACCACGGAUGGACGUGAGCGUGUGCUGUUUACCCGCUAGUGCCGGCUCGGGGGCCCAGCACUCUCAUCCGGCGAGUUUGCCGUCUGGUGGACAGUCGACGAUCCAAGCACCUUAUCAGUAUGCCGAUCAGAUAGUACCAGAUCGGGGUCAACCCGACGGACUCGCGGUACUCGGCUGUACCGGACAGAAUAACUGGCAACAGAUCUCAAACUCGUCCACCGUCGCGGCUGGUGUCACUGCGACAACCACAGCGUACAUCGAUUAUUCCUGGCUGCAGAUGCAGCAGACAUCGGACCUGGAUACGUUUCUCUGCAGACAAGAUCUCGAUCGUUUGCAAAAGUUAGACGAAGAUGAAGGGGAUAAGGAUACGAGAGAGUCUUCAGUACACAUGGAGGACUUUUUUGAAGUCGGUGGUCCAGUUUGCAGACCACAGGCUAGUUUCGUAUCUUCGAGGAAUCAACCAAGUGGAAACGACGACGACGUUUUUCUCAGGCCUCCUCUUUGGGAGGACAUCACGUCGAGCAUUCAAAAGCUUGACCCGGAGAACGCGGACAUGUUGGGCUCUCAAUCUCACAUUAAAAUGGAAUCCGACGACGUGACCUCUCCAGUUCUUUCACCAGUCGAAAUAAAGACAGAACCAUUGCCAGCGCCACCGACUUUACACUUGCUCGAAGGACCAGCGUCGAAUCAGGUACAGAGCUUUUCAAAUUCGGGACAGUCAAAUGUGUCAACGGGUGCGCAACAACAGCUCGUUCAUCAUCGAACGACGACAACGACAACAACAGCGCCUUUUAAAGCUUUCCCACCGGGUAAUCCUGGAAAUGGAAGUAAUGUUUCCGGUAAUGCAGGAAACGCCAAUACCAACUCUGUUGCGAACAACAGUAACGUUAAUAACAACAAUGGGAAUAAUAAUAACAGUAACAAUAAUAACGGUAACAGCAACGACACCUCAACGAAUCAUCAUGGAUCGUCUCAGACGCUUCAGCAAGCUGGUAACGCAACGACCUCACCGCUUUACGGCUCGAUGACCAGGUUGAUGUACAUCUCACCGUUAACACCUCCCAUCUCGGAUCCUGGCUCGCCCAUCGGUGGUGGCCCACCGCGACGGACACCGCCUCCGCCCUAUCCGCAACCCUCUAUUCUAAAUCCGCCCCAUCGAAUUCAACCGCCACCCAUUACAACCAAGUUUAACAGACGGAACAAUCCUGAGCUCGAAAAGCGACGUGUUCACCACUGUGAUUUCAUAGGUUGUACGAAAGUAUACACGAAGAGUUCGCACCUGAAGGCCCAUCAGAGAAUACAUACGGGAGAAAAACCGUACCAGUGUCAGUGGCCGGAAUGCGAAUGGCGAUUUGCGAGAAGCGACGAAUUAACGCGGCAUUAUCGGAAGCAUACUGGCGCGAAACCGUUCAAAUGCGCUGUCUGCGAGCGAUCAUUCGCGAGGAGCGACCAUCUCGCGUUGCACAUGAAGCGACAUCUACCGAAGCAGCACACCAAGUGAACUACCUAUCAUGGUUACGCAGACGAACUCCUCGACGAAACGAAGAGAAUUGAAAAAGAAAAAGAAGAAAAUAUAUCGAAGGCGCUUCCUCACUCGUUGAUAGAGAAGAAAAAUUCGAUGACGCUACUUUGUAGAUUGUAGAAGCAACGAAUGAAAAGGAGAAAGGGCCAUCGUCGAAUCGUUUCGAUCUUUUUUCUUGUCCUUAGAAUGGAUACUUUUCGAUCUCUCUUUUCGAAAAAUCAAACGAUACUUGUCGUUCCGAUAUUCGAACAAAUUCGCUACUAGAAAAGUAAAUUUUAUCUAUGCCGAAAAAAAAGAAAAAAAUAAACAAGAACAAAUAAUUUAUAAACGCUGAUACGCAAAAAUGAAUAUAUGUAUACCUGCUUUUUGAAAUCAGGUAACUUCUUUUCUCAUAUUAAUAAUGAACAAAAAUACGCACCGAAAACAAAAUGUUUACUCAAUUUCAAAGAGCAUCUGAUCGUUAUCGUUGUUGCAUCUGUAAGUCUAGUCUCUUGCGAAUCAUUCAGAAGGAUGAUCGAAAAACGUUGUUCUAGGAGACACGAAAGGAAGAGUACGUUCGAGUACUUAUAUACUUACUCGCUUUGUAUCUCAACGAAACGAUUUAUUCCAAACGAUUGCAAGACGAUCACGAUCUUUACUCUCAAUGAAUUUUUUUGUCGUUUCGAUUGCACCGCUUACGUAGAUAAAUUAUAAAGAUAAUUCGACAUCGACAGAAAUUAAAAGGAAAAUGAAAGAGAAAAAAACAAAAUCGGUCGCCUUGCUUCAAGAAAAAUCCAAUUUUCGAAGGCUUGGUAUUAUAAAAAUUUCGCGUUUAAGAUUUCGGGAAUGCACGAUCGCUUUGUUUUGUAUGUAUGUAUGUAUUACUACUAUUACUACUACUACUACUACUACUACUACUACUACUACUACUACUACUACUACUACUACUAUUACUACUACUACUACUACUCUACUACUACUACUACUACUACUUUGCUACUACUACUACUACUACUACUACUACUACUACUACUACUAUUACUAUUACUAUUACUAUUACUACUACUACUAUUACCACGUUUGCAAGAGAGGCCGGACAAAUAUUCAUUCUCGACACUUAACUAAUUUAAAAGAUUCUCAUUGCGUGUAUAUACAUAUACACAUACACACACGCGUGCGCGCGUGCGUGUACAUAAAUAUAACUCUAUGUAUGUAUGCUCUUACCCUCUCUUUUUCUUUCUCUCUCUAUCUCUCUCUUUUUCUCUC